CCCCCUGCGCCCCCCCCCUUGCACGGAGUCUGCAGCUGGCAGCAGAGGGCUCCCCACAAUGGAGACUGAGCUGCCCGAGUCCCCACCCUCCUCCACACCGGGGCUGCCCCCCGACUCCCCCCAGGAGGAGCCGCCCCCAGAGCUGCCGGGCAGGCCCCCACACCGGCUGCCCCACCAGUGCGCCUCGUGCCAGCGCCGCUUUGCCCAGGCCCACGGCCUCCGGCAGCACCGGUGCUGUCCCCGCGACCCGCCCGCCCAGAGCCCGGCCGGCGGCAAAUCCCACCGGUGCCGCUCCGGUGCCAAGCGUGGGCACCAGUGCCUGGUGUGCGGGAAGCAGUUCAAAUUCCCCUACUACCUGGCGCGGCACGGCCUGACCCACGGCGGGCAGAAGCCGUUCCAGUGCCCGGUAUGCCACAAGGCCUUCCGCCGCCCGGCCCACCUGGCCCGCCACCAGCGCACCCACGCCCGCCAGCACUUCCCGGAGCCGGCCGAGAGGCCGCGCCAGCAGGCCGGGCCCCCAGGCGAGGGGCACGGGGGCGAGGAAGCCGACGAGAAGCAGGUGCUGCUGCAGGCGGACUGGACGUUGCUGUGCUUGGGCUGCCACGAGGCCUUCGAGACCAAGGGCGAGCUGAAGGCCCACAAGUGCUUCAAGGCGCGGGGCCGGGCUGGGCUGGGCGGCGCCCAGCGACACCAGUGCAGCGUGUGCCACAAAUUCUUCGCCCGCCCCUGGUCCCUGUCGCGCCACCGCCGGGUGCACACGGGCGAGAAGCCCUUUGCCUGCCCCGACUGCGGCAUGACCUUCCGCCUCUCCUCCUACCUCAAGCAGCACAGCCGGUGCCAUGGGGCUGGGGCCGGGCUGCCCUUCGGCUGCCCGCUCUGCCGCCAGCGCUUCCGCAAGGCGGGCGAGCUGGCCAGCCACCGGCGGGCGCACGGGGAAGCCGCCCCCGGGCCGGAGCAGCCCCACAAGGGCUCCGAGUGCAGCGUCUGCGGGAAAGCCUUCAAGAGCAAGUACGACCUGGCCACCCACUUCCUGAUCCACACGGGCGAGCUGCCCUACCCCUGCGGCCAGUGUGGCAAGCGCUUCCGGCGCCUCUCCCACCUCAAGCAGCACCAGGUCACCCACACGGGCGCCCGGCCCUUCCAGUGCGUGCUCUGCCAGAAGGAAUUCAAGCGGCUGGCCGACCUGGCCCGCCACCGGCAGGUCCACCAGGGGGACAAGCCCCACCAGUGCGGCAUCUGCCACAAGUUCUUCUCCCGCGCCUACAGCCUCCUGCGGCACCAGCGCGGGCACCGGCCCGAGCUCCUGGCCGCCGCCCGCCCCGAGGCCUUCCUCAGCAACUCCUGCUUCGACAGCCAGGACCACUCCGCCUUCUGCACCCCAGAGGAGGAGGACGAGGAGGAGGAGGAGGAAGGGGGUGCGGCCGGCGGCUCUGGGGAGGGCUCAUGACGUGCAUUCUGAGCUGGAUUUGGGGGGGGGGAUGGCGGGAUCCCCUGGGGCCUGGUGUGGGGGGACCCCUGGAUCAGAGUUGCAAGGAAAGGGUCCAAAGCGCCCCCCACCCAUCUCCUGAGCCAGUCCUUGAAAUCUACUCCUGGGAGUUUGGGGGGGGGGAUGCAUGGAGAUAUAUUGGGGGUAGUGGGGGGGCAGAGGAGAGGGCUGGGGGGGGCAAAGGGAACAGACCCUGUAAGAGGGUAAGAUGAGGAGGAGGGGUAUUGGGUGGGGUCGUCCCACACCUCUGUUGCGGGGGGGUUAGAUGUUGAGAUCUGGGCGGGGGGGCUGGUUAAUAGCCGAGGGGAGGGUGAAUUGGGGAGCAGCCCAGCCAGCACCGGGGAUGGAAGGACAAAGUGAGGAAUGGCACACGGGGCCCCAGGGUGGGGGCUAGCUGGCCUUGGGCAGGGGGCAGGGAAUGGGGCCUCUCCCCUCCAGGGUUAGAUACUAGGCUAAAUGGGCCCAUGGGUCUGGGGGGGGCAGGGGAUCACACCAUGUUCUGGGAUGAAGGAAAGGGGUAUCCCUAGAUGGGGCACGCCAUGUUCUGAGAUGGGGGAGGGGGUACCCCUAGAUG